UUAUGUUAGGUGCAGCUGCAGGCUCUGGUUACACCCUCUCCACCCUCUCAACGUCCCGCUGCAGGAUGAAGCAGACAGCUGUGAGAAUUUGAUAAUAUUCCUUGUGCACAUUCUUCCAUCAUUCAGUUUGGUCUUAGAAGAGCAAGCAGCUUCCACACCGAGAAAAAAGGAGCAAAAACUUCAUUGCCAUGUCCUUCCGGAGGUUUAGGAGCACCCCUAAAACACUGGGGGACAUUAACAUGGUGACAGAGGAGCUGAAGAAUCUCUAUUAUAAGAGGCUGCUGCCGAUAGAGAAGUACUAUUCUUUCCAUCACUUUCAUUCACCGAGCUAUGAGGAUGCAGACUUUGACAACAAACCGAUGGUGCUGGUGAUGGGUCAGUACUCGACAGGAAAGACAACUUUCAUCAGGUAUCUCAUAGAGCAAGAUUUUCCUGGUAGCAGAGUUGGGCCAGAGCCAACUACCGACUGUUUCACUGCCCUCAUGUAUGGAGAAGGGGAAGGAAUCAUCCCUGGAAAUGCUCUUACAGUGGAUCCAAAAAAGCCCUUUCGAAACCUUGACCCUUUUGGAAAUUCAUUUCUGAACAGGUUUCAGUGUGUUCAGAUGCCAAAUCAAGUCCUCGAGAGCAUCAGCAUUAUUGACACACCAGGCAUCUUAACUGCUGCUAAAAGAAAGCUGAGUCGAGGCUACGACUUCCCAGCAGUGCUGCGCUGGUUCGCAGAACGUGUGGAUCGAAUCAUCCUGCUGUUUGAUGCACAUAAGCUGGAGUUCUCAGAUGAGCUCACUCGAGCCUUCGGGGCUCUCUGUGGCUAUGAAGAUAAGUUGCGUGUCGUGCUCAACAAAGCUGACAGGGUGGAUUCCCAGCAGCUCAUGAGAGUGUACGGCGCCCUCAUGUGGUCGCUGGGGAAAGUGUUUCGAACCCCUGAGAUCUUGCGGGUUUACAUCGGAUCCUUCUGGUCAGAGCCGAGGCAGACGUGCGACCACUACCAGCUGAUAGAGCUGGAGGAGGAGGAUCUGUUGGCUGACAUAAGGAACCUGCCACGCAAUGCUGCAGUACGCAAACUGAACGACUUGGUGAAGAGGGCGCGCUUAGUGAGGGCUCAUGCACACAUUAUCAGCUAUCUGAAGCAGGAGAUGCCAACCAUUUUUUGCAAAGAAAGCAAGAAGCACAAUCUGAUCUACCAGCUUCCUGUAAUUUUCACCAAGAUCCAACAACAGCAUCGAGUUCCAGCUGGCGACUUCCCUGACUGCACAAAGAUGCAGGAGAAACUUAUGGGUCACGACUUCUCAAAGUUCAAGACACUAAAGCCAAGUCUGAUGGCUUCCCUGGAUAAGCUCCUCAGCACUGACAUCGCCAACCUGGUUCCUCUUCUGCAACAACAGGAACAAAGAAAGAAAUCCCUCCCUGGUAUGUUGGAUGGGGAAUUUUUGGGAACAUUCAGGCGUGAACAUUACAGGAGAGAUCCAUUCAAAGAGCUCCCCAAAGAUGAUGAGAGUAGUGAGAUAGACUUUGAUGACUGGGUGGUAGAGAAAUACAAACCCAAAUAUGAUGAGAUUUUCUACAACCUCAGUCCAAAUGAGGGCAAACUCAGCGGCACCAAAGUCAAGGAGUGGAUGACGACCACUCUCCUGCCCAACUCUGUGCUUGCCCAUAUCUGGAGGCUGUCCGAUAUAGACGGGGAUGGCAUGCUGGACAAUGAGGAGUUCGCUCUCGCAGUCCAUCUUAUUGAGGGAAAACUGGAGGGCUACUGGCUCCCCAGAGAGCUGCCUUCUCACCUGGUGCCACCAUCAAAGCGGCUAAGUACAGCGAGCGAUGUCUCAGUGUAAACUUGAUGUCAAAAGGAAAUGGAGGGCUGAGGAUAUGUGUACAUUAUAUAUAAAAUUGUAAAUAAUUUUCUGAAUAUAAACUAAUAUUAAAAUAGCAGUUUAAUGUUUAAAAAACUAACAAAGCGUGCAGUGCCUGUAUACUAAUCUGAGGUGUCAGCAGCCAACAUCAAAACUUUAAAUUAACCAUUAAUGGUUUGGAUUGUUAAACAUUUUUCAUUAUUUUUCCUGUUCACAAUAUUAUCUCUGUAUAGUCAAUAAUCCAAAUAAGAAUAUACACGGCAAUAAGUACCAGUUAAAAGGACUUUCCCUCUUGUUUGAUACUUUAAGAUUUUCUUAUAUCUCACUGUUACGGCCACAGGUAUCUGUGUGCCGUCUGGUUUCUGGGUGGUUUUCUGUUGGGUCUUUGUGUGGGAAAAUUGCAUGUGUGGGUUCAGCUGUGGCUGUUUCCAGAGUCUCUCCAGGAACCCCAGCUGUGAGCCAUUCCAACAACGACUCAGAAGUUGACGACCUGCACUGCAACUUUGUUCUCCCCGCCUCCCGACCGUCAUGAUUGGUUCACCAUCCAGCUCCCCUCCUCCUAACCAAUCGGACCAGCAAGCACCACACCUGCAGAGUGUAUAUACCUGCAACCACGCUGCUAGUUGGGGCGGCUGGUAUUUGUGACCAGGCUGUCCUGGUGCCUCUCUGUGUGUGAUCAUUUGUUUGUAUUUUGAUGAGUUCUGGUCUGUAGAUACGUGUGGUUGGGUUGGUGGGUACCGCAGACCACUUCGGUCUGUAGACACUCAUGGUGAGUGCUACAGACAUGGUGGGCUUAGUGAAGAAGCCAUUCGAGUUUUGAGUCUUCGUUACCUGUGUGAUCAAUAUGUGUGAAUGUGAGGCACCAGUUUUGUUUAGCUUGUUUUUGCACACUUUGUAUUAGUUUUUGUUACUGGUGGUGGGUGUUGUUGUUGUACUUAUGUUUGGCUAGGGAUUUUAGUUUCUUUGUUUUGGGUUUAGAUAAGUUUGGGAAACUCUGUUAGGCUUCUUUUGGUUUUAUUCUGUUCUUUGAUUUAGCAACACUCACCAGUCUUGUGAUCUGUAUUGUCACUCUUAUUUUCCGUUCGCCAAUAAGCAAUAAAUUCCUUCACCUAAA